AUGUCAAGCACUCUGGAUUCCCUAAAGCUUCUGGGCCUAUUCAAAUCUACUCCCCUUGCAUCUCCAGCCCCAAUCAAUCCUCCGCCUCCCCCUACUUCAUCAUCUCCAAAAUCCCCAACAUUAGACCCUCUCGUCCUUGAACCUCCCAAAGCGGAGAAUCAAAGAUUUUUAGAUUUUUUAGAUGAAGAAGAGUUUUCAUUUUCUCCAGACAACCCACACUCAAGAACUCCUGACCUUAUGCCAGAUUUCGAUAUAGAAGAAGUUACAUUUAAAUUACCAACUUCACCAAAAGUUCCACGAACAAGCAAAACUCCUCAACCUUCAACGAAGAGGAAAAAUAAAUUAUCAACAGCUGAUGCUGAAGUAAUUUUUAAAAAUUUAUAUGAAAAAGGCAGGAAGCUUUUAGUGGAAAAACAAGAAAAAAGAGAAAGAUUCUUUGAAGAAGCAUAUUCGUUUAAACCGCAAUUAGAUCCAAAAUCACUCCUAAUGGUAAAGUAUGCGGAAAAAGAAGGCAGGUCUCUGGCGACUCCAAAGAAAAAAGAGAAACCAAGCCCACAGCCGAACCCAGAAGAAAACAAACAGACAAAACCCCAAGUGAACUUUAAAGAUUUCAUAAAAAGAAACUACGAAAUUGCUUUAGAGCAAACCAAAGAGAAAAAAAAUCGAGUGGCGACUCCUCCAGACAACAGAAUCACAGAGGAUUGCACUUUUAAGCCGAGAAUCGAUGACAAAUCCAAACAAAUGCCGAUGCAUCACAAAAAGAAUCUAUAUGAGCUCGCAGAUCAGCUCAAAAAAGACAGAGAAAAACAGAUAGAAGAAUGGAAGGCUAAAAAAGAAGAGGAAGAGCUCAAGCAGUGCACGUUUUCGCCUGCAAUCAUUAAAAAAACUAAUUUAUCACCUACCCCGAAAGACAAGCAGCCCGUCCAAAAGAGCAAAACUUUGAACUCUUAUUCUGCACAAAUGAAAGCAAAGCAAGGGAAAUCAUCGAAAAUUAAAAUUAAAAGUCAAUUCAAAUAUUAA